UAAUAAAUAAAUAAUAGUUAUUUAUUAAUAAACGAAACAAAAAAAUACAAAAAACAAUGUGCAACAUUUUUUGACAAAAUACCUAUCUCUAUUAAUAAAGAAACUGUGUCAUCUAAACCGUGUAAUGAAUAAAAAUUGAAAUUGAUUGCAAAAAUUAGCAUGUCUUCUUUGAAAAGGUGUCUGUUUACAUUGUGUGGAGUGUCUGUCUGCCAGCCAGCCUGCCUGUCCGACUAAAAUAAACACACACUGAGAAAAACGUCCAACUAACUUGCAGUUUUUCUGCAUUGCAAGCGUGCUUUUCUGGAAGCCAUUCUCGUUGCUACAGUCGUGUGAACCCUUGCUACACCAAGUUCCGUGUGUUGAGAAAUGUGCAUUCGUCGUUAAUACCGUCGUCGUCAUCUUCGUCGUCGGCGCUGUUGUCUGAAGAAAGAUAAAACUUGCGCACUGUUGCAGAGCAUGUGGUGGCAAGUCUGAAAGCUUACACUGCUCACCAGUGUUCGGGCAAGGGAGUUGAGAGUAUUGCUUCCCCCAAAAACACAGGGUGGGGGUUAACGGUGUGUGUGUGUGUGUGUCGGUACAAAUGUUGGUGUUUGUACAAUAUUGAGUGUAUCUUAUUGUUGUUGUGUUGUUGUUUUGUUUCGGCAAAAACGGCAAAACAUAAAAAUAAAAACAAUAUUGCGUUUAGUCGCUAAUGGGACGUGGUAAUGGCGACGACAACCUUUACGUAUAGUGUUAACGCAAGGACGAGAAAAAAACGUAAUAUUGCAAUGAAAGACGUAAUUGUGAACUAAUCAAGCAAACGAAGUUGCAAGAACUGAACAUUGAAAUUCAUAAUUGAACAAAGAACAAUAACUAGUCAUCAAAACAUUGUAAAUUUAUUAAUGAAAAAAAAUUCAAAAAUAAAAGUAUUUCGAAUCCCCAAAAUCUCACGUUAAUACAUAUCAUUGUAGAAAAAAAAUAAAAAUUACACCAAAUAUGAUAAAUAUAAAAUCGCCAAUCCACUUCUUUAAGAUUUAAGAAAUAAACUAUGGAAGAUUAAUUGUAACACACCCAAACAUUCCAUCUCUGUGCCAACUAAACAAUCAGUUGUCAACCCUAAAACAAAUUUUUAACAGAUGACCACUCUGGCAUUUGACAUUUGAUUUAUUUGACGCGUGUGUGUGUUGUUUGUUCGAGUGUAGCGACAAAUGUUUAUGAGUGUUUUUGAUUGAAAGCUGAUUUUUUGAACGAUGACAACAAGAACACAAUACAGUCCAACGGUCCCAAAAAUAAUAAGUUGAAGAAGAGAACAAAUAACCCACAGCUCAAGUGACAUUGACAGACACAAAAAAUGUGAAUGUGAAUGCGAAGUGGGUGACAGAAAUGCAUCAAAGAGAAAGAAACUAAAUUUGUACGAACAAUUUUGCCAAAAAUUAUAAGAAAGAAUUCGUGCCGAGCACCACAGUGAUUGUACCUCACAUUAAAGAGAAAAAAAGUGAAAGCCCUCCACCUCAUACCCCAUCUCAUCGGCAACACAAUUAACAAGUGUCUACUGUCUACAUUGUUCUACAAACCUAGCUGACGAGCCGAACAUUCAACCCCAACGUCCCACAUUUGCUUGUUGCGUGUGGGAGUCCUGUGCGGAUGUGUGUUAGUUAAACAGAAUUACUAAACCCCUAGAACAAGUGUGUUCUGAGCUUAUGUGUGUGUGUAUGUUUAUUUCUUUGGUGUGCGUUCCUUUUUGUUAUCAUUAUGUUUUGGUUCGUGUAAAUGUUGAUUCAUUGUGCUGAUUUUUUUGCUGCAAAGGAUUUCCGCGUGCUUGUCGUGUUUAUUUGGGUUACUCGCUUACGCUCGUUGACAGAACCCUUUCUCCGAUCUUUUUUUUUUGCGUGUGACUGUGGUUAAACACUUUGUUUACGCACUCAUAGACCUACAACGUGCACGACCCCAAACCAACGCACGCACAUACCAUUGAAGCAGAUUGUAUUGCCCCCUCUAACCCAUACACAUACAGACAAAUAAACAAAACAACCACAUUAUGAUGCUGCACGAGGCUGUUAUGUUGGAGAUCUAUCGUCAGGCAUUAAAUGCAAGUGAACUAGCCAGUCCCCGCUGUCAAUCACGUGAAUCCAAUGCCUCCGCUAGCGGUAAUAAUGAAGCAAGAUGUCCCUCAAACGAAUCACAUUAUUCCGCCAAUGACACCCACACGUCGGGUCAGACGCCCACGCCCACAACACCACCAGUGGCUCUACCAUUACCAGCCACAUUGCCACCGGCCGCAGCUGCAGCCCUUCUACCACCCCAGUCUGCUGCUAUGGCAGCAUAUUUUAAUGCAGCUGCUGCAGCAGCAGCGCAACAGAACCACUUGCUAUUGACAAAUCCUCUGGCGGCAGCGGCAACACUUGUGCAGCAGGCUUCCCAACAGCAGUCGCCACGUUCGCCCCACUCCCAACAGGCUUCAACGCCAACACCAUCAGACGUUAACACAUCGACGGCAACAACAGGUGAUGCCGUUGAUGCAUCAGCUCUAGAUUUUAGCACAAAACGUGGCCGACGGAAUUCUGAUAUUUAUGGAAAUGCCAGUGAUGAUGGCGAUGCAAGUGGCGGUUGUGACAUGGAUGGCGAUGGUGGUGAUGCUGAAAAAAAUGAUAACGAUGCCGAUAAUACCAACGAUAAUGAAACGGAUGACGUGAAUAGUCCAUUAGAUUUAUCGGUGAAUAAUGGACGCAAACGUCACAACGAUGAAACUGAAGAACCUGUUGUGAUGCCCCACAAAAAAUUAGCUCGCUCAAACGAUUACAAAUCAAUGCCAGCAUCCAGCACCUGGGUGCCACCAAUUAAUCCCUACUUGGCCGCCGUUGCAGCGGCUAGCAUGUCACCAAAGACACCGCUCUCUUUGGACUGGAAUGCAAAAACGAAAAUUUCACCAAAUGAAGCAACCAAAGCUCUGGAAAAAAUGACUGAAAUGACAAGACUUGGCUCUGCAGCCACCGAACCAGAUACUCCCACAAGGCAUUCAGCGAAUUCCGUUAACUCGCACAACAGUUCAGCUGGUACUCCCACCAACGGACGACACAGUGCUUGGCAAUCACAUUGGCUUAAUAAGGGAGCAGAUGCUGUCAAAGACGUCUUCAAGUGUGUGUGGUGCAAGCAAAGCUUUGCCACUUUAGCCUCGCUGACAACGCACAUGAAGGAAACUCAGCACUGUGGUGUCAAUGUUCCUCCUCCUGCGGUUGCAUCGGCUGCCAAUGCGGCUCAUCCAGGCGGCAAUCAAGCUGCUCCAUCUCCACAUCAUGCGCGUCACUCAACCACGCAAUCCGGUACGUCUCACAGUCCAGCAUCAUCGGUCGGCAGCAAAUCUGAUCUAAACAUGCUAAUCAAAGAAACAAUGCCACUGCCACGCAAACUGGUGCGUGGCCAAGAUGUGUGGUUGGGCAAAGGAGCCGAACAAACGCGUCAGAUAUUGAAAUGUAUGUGGUGUGGACAGAGUUUCCGCUCCUUGGCCGAAAUGACAAGUCACAUGCAAGAAACACAGCACUACACCAACAUAAUAUCACAGGAGCAAAUUAUUUCUUGGAAGUCCACCGAUGAUAAGGGAUCACGUGAUAAUAGCAGUUGUGGUAGCAGCAAUCGUGGAUGUCCAAGCACCAAUUCGGUCAACACAAAUCCGGGCAGUGUGACAGCUCCAUCUCCCCAUUCUCCCGCUACAAGUGGCAAUCCCACAGUUGCAGCAGUAUUGACAUGCAAAGUUUGUGACCAGGCCUUCCCUACAUUGAAAGAAUUGAGUUCUCAUAUGGUUAAGAACAAUCAUUAUACAGAGCACAUGAUGAGAACUAAUGCUACGGCUGCUCCUCCGCCGGAAAGUGCGCCGACCAUGAUACGCAGCCGUAGUCGCCAAGGAAAGGAGAAACGUAAGAAAUCGCUACCAGUUCGUAAACUCCUAGAAAUGGAGAGGGCUCAACAGGACUUUAAGUCGUCAGGUAUGGACCAGGCUCUGACUCCACUAAGAGAAUUCAAAGCCACUACAAAACUACAGUGCGAAACUUGUGGCGAGAGUUUUGGCCUGGACAUAUUUGUUGAACAUAUCCGACAGUGCAUCACUUUGGCAACCGAAAGGGAAAUGGCAAUGGAGCGAUCUAUGAAGACUAGAAUCAGUAACGAUGAUGUAUCAAAGACUUCGUACAUGCAACCACCGUCAAUGGCACCGGAUUAUACCAUGAGCAGCCAUCAAAUGCCCUCUACGGCAACGCGAAGUGAAAGCCGUAAAACUAUGGAGGGUAGUGGCUCACCUCUUUCGCAUACUCCAGGAGGGGACAUUAUUUGUCCUUUGCCAUCCGACUCAGACAAAUCAUCCAGUGGAACCUCUGUUUUAAACGCUUUAGAGCAAUUGAUAGAAAAAAGUUUCGACUCGCGGCCUCGUCAUGCAAGUGGCUAUGGCGAAGGCUCUGCGACACCUUUGGGCUCAAGCAUUCUCAAACGUCUAGGCAUUGAUGAUAAUGUUGAUUACACCAAACCCCUAAUGGAUCCCCAAACCAUGCAAUUUUUACGCUCCUAUUCAUCGUAUGCCCCAUCAAGUCGAGAUCGCAGUGCCAGUGAGUCCAGUUCCAUAUCAGAACGUUGCAGCAGUCGUCUAGAAUCGUUUACACCAGAGCGCAGUUUUGAACUUUCGCGACAACCAACGCCACGUUUAACCCCUGAAAAGUUCACACCAAACACCAAAGAAUCAUCAUAUCCUGUAAAAAUCAAAUCCGAACCGGUGGACGCGACCGACAGUGAAGAAACUGAAGGAAAUGUCGCUGUAUCAGAAACACCCAAAACGAUUUCAGUCAAGAAAGAGUUUUCCAUGCCGGAAGAGUCUGAAGAUUUUACCAAAGCUAAAGAUCUCACAGAAAGAAGGAGCUCGGUUACUCCUGGUUCCCGUAGUCCUAGUAUUAGUGAGAGAUCCAUAACUCCCAAGUCUGCAGCAUCGGUGGGCGAUAAAAAACUCAUGGUUGGUUUGCCGGAAUGCAGUAGUUUAAGUGCUCUAUCUUCCAUGUUUAACAAUCUGAGCAAUAUACAUUCGACGAAUGCGAGCACCGCGAUAGCUGAAAUGAAUAAUAACAAUGCCAACAGAACGACCUCGCCAGCAGUUGCAAACGUCAAAAAACCUAACGCCAAUCCUUUGGCUGCUCUUCAGAAACUAUGCGACACCAAUGAUAAGCCCAUUGCAUCUACACGCAGCUCAUCUGCCAGUUUGAUGGGACAUUUGACUUCGCCCAAUUCAUCAUCGAAUAGUGCAAAUGUGACAGGUGGUUGUGGUAAUGGUGGAGCUGCAGCGUCCACACCGAGUGGCAAUAACAGUUCUGGAAUGCUUGCUUUUAGCUGGGCCUGUAAUGAUGCUGUAGUGACAGCGGAUUCUAUUAUAAAAUGUUCCUUCUGUGAUACACCCUUUAACUCGAAGGGCGCCUAUCGUCAUCAUCUCUCCAAAGUGCAUUUUGUUAAGGAAGAAUCGGAUGUCAUAAGCUUGAAAUCGCCAAAUUCAUCGCCCAAGUCGCAUACGGCUUCCCCAAAAAGCAGUAUUAACUCUUCAAAGAGUCCUGUUUCCCAGCGAGCUGUUCCAACACCACCGUCAGCGGUGAUGUCCACAUCAUCGACAACGCCCACUAUUAAUCCAUACGACGAGAGUCCACAAGCCAAAUUUCUAAAAUACACCGAGUUGGCUAAACAAUUAUCAAGUAAGAAUGCCUAAGUUAAGAUAAAGGAAGAAGGACUUGAAUAAAAAACUAAGCUAAAAACUAUAUUAAAUCCGUAAAACCGAUUUCAAGUUUUGUUAAUAGUUAUCGUUUCAAAGAAAAUUUCACAUUCGAACUAUUUAGCUCAUAGCUGAUGAUAUGGAAAAAAGAAAAUAUUGAAAAUUGAACAUUUUGUAUUUGCAGCUAAUUUUCUAUUCACUCUGCUAUUAAAUCGUAUAUUUAUUUAUGAAAUCGCGUUCGAUUUGUGAACCGAUCUUAGUCGUUCCCUCCUGAAAGGCAACUUGUUCAUUCAUAUAGUUCCUUCGUUUAAAUAAGAUAGUUAAUUUAGCUAUAACUUUAGUUUCAAAAGCACGGUCAUUUUUGAUUGGUUUUCGUACACGUUUAAUGUUUAAAAACCUUUAAUAGAACAAAAUUCAGAAAACUAUGAAUACACAAUCCGCUAUUUCCAUCCGCCCUUUAAAUUCGAAAAAGAUUAAAUUUAAAAGGGAGCUAAUCAGACGGCUUGUUCAGGGAACAUUGAACUAUUGAUCCCAAACUAAUCAGAUGAGCUGGUUCCGGUGUUUUCCUUCACGUAAUUGUUUCUUUGAACGAGUCAAUACGGGAACAAGCAUUUAUUUUUAAUCCGACAAUCAAGUUCGAAAAUUAUUACUCUUAAAGUUUUAAAAACGAAGUAAUUUUUUCCAGUAUUUACUGUACUGUACUGUAUACAAUGCAGUAAUAACCGUGCUUUAUAUCUUAGAAAAGCAACUCAUGCACGAAUUUAAAUCGACUUUAGUCUACCGCCGAAACAAGGGAGGUGGACGUGAAGAUUGCUUCAGACAUUUCCUGAACAUAUCGCAUAAUUGGUUAUUUCGAUUUCUAAAAAAAUUGUAAUACGCGUCCACGUUUUUGUGAAGUACCCCAAAUUAAUCAGUCCUACCUAAUUUUCUAUAUACCUAUAAUUUACCUUAUUUUCGAACUUGAAACUCCAACUCAUGAACGUUCUGAUCUGGCCAUAUCAAAAUAUUACUAUUGGAAGGCGAUAUUACAUAAGGUUGUCCAAUAGUCAUUUAACUGAUAAACAUCUUUUAUAGGAAAAGAAUAGAUACCUUAAACUGUAAUUUAUUUAAAACAAAACGAACACACACGCACACAUAUCAUGAAACACACACAUGUGUAGCAGACAAAAAAAAAAUGGCAACAAAAAUUAUUAUAAACGAUUUACUAUUAAUUACCACACUUAAGCAACUUGCUUACCUUUGGAAAAUCGCUCAUAAAGAAUACAACAAACAAUAACAUUCACGCCACAUAAACUCAAUAGGAAUGCUUUCAUAGCCUCUCCAAAUGCAAACAAUUCGCCAACCAUCUCUAAACAAAUAAUGGUAACGUCAUGUGUAUGAGUUACGCCAUCAUCCAUCCAUACAUAUGGAAAAACAACAACAGAACAACAAAAGAGCCAGCAAACAGGUACCCAAACAAGGUCCACCAGAGCAAAAAAAUAAACUAAAACAGAAUCAAGCUCCUCCUCACUUACUGCCAACCAACAUCAUUCGCAUUCAUUUGGCUGGGGCUAACAAACAACGACAACAACACGAAACUGAAAUAGACAGACAAUCAAGCAGUCAGACAUAUGCACACACAUACAUGUAUUGGUUAUAUUGACGAGCGCCGAAAGUUCGACCACCGAUCGACCACACCACACCGUUGUUUGAACUCCCCAAAAGAUAACCAAAAAACAUGUCUGGGAGACAUGGCAUAAUGCAAGCAAACUCAUUCUCCAGCUUUUGCGAGUACUCACACAUACAUGCUUACUCUCAUUAAUUGAAAUAACUUUUCAAUUUUCAACAAAGCCAUUGUGCGAAUGGUCAGGUGCUCUUUAAGAUUUUAUUCGGAAAAAUAUCCGCUGUCAUCACAAUAGAGCUGAACUUUAUUAAGAAUAAUUCUUGAAUUAUUUUUUGGAAGGAAGUUAACUGAAAAAUUAAUAAACAUUAAAAAACUAAGAGAAAAUUGAGGAAAGCUCUUCACGGAUUUUAAUGCGCCCGUUAUAGGAUUUUUUGAAAUAAUUUAACGACUGUGAUACAUUCAUUGACAAGCCAUUUCAAAUUAAACCUAUUUGUUUUCAAAAUUUUGAUGUUGAUUGGUUAAGUUUUCAAAAUGUUGCAAGUUUGAAGACUGAGCUGCAUUAUAAAUGUUUUCAAAGCUUUUGCAAGUAUGUUUUCACAUAAGAGUGGUACUCUUCAAUUUAACUAAAAGAGAUAAAUUGUGUACAUUUUAUAUCUUUUCUCUUAUUGGUAUCUAUGUUCAACAAUAAGAGUUCCUAGUGCACAACUCUUUUUAAAAUUAUUCUCCUACAAACGGGAGUAUGUUCCCCUAUUUCCAAAGAAGAAAAGAGAAACAUCUUCAGGGGAAUUAUUUUUAAACUUUUCAUAAGACAACAUGUUUAUAGCAAAAAAGCUCAUUCCUUUCCACUAUGUUCCUCUUAAAAAGCUUUUAUAUUUCCCCUUUUGUACUAUAGCUAUCUCUGUCAUAAGGUAACAUAAACAAUUCUUAACACUGACAGGCAUUCAUCAAUUUGAAAAAUAAACCAACAACUGUGCCCCCACUCAAAACAGAACAACAACGAUGAGUCCUCAUCACGAUUUGUAUUGUUCUCAAUUAAAUCAUCAUUGCGCACACACGUUUAACUCCCACAAUCGCAAAAGAAACAAAAUGCACUGCAAAAGUUUUCAUCCAUGCGCAUUGUGUGUGAUUCUCUCACCGUGCCACUCAUAUCACUCUCUGAACUAUUGGCGAACGAACAUCCAUCUUGCCAUUCAUAUUUCGUUGCUGUUGUUGUUUCUUGUUUUUGAUGAACUGCUGUCCAUCAUUCGCCGCCGCCGCCUUUGUUCGUUGCACUCGUGUCGGCUGAGUAGUCGUGGCCUCGACCUCCCAGAAAAGGAAUAUGGAAAAUGCUGUUGUGAGGAUGAGCCAUGUACCAGAAAGAGACACUUGUAUAUUGUAUUGGAAAUUGUGCAAAGCAAAAUUGUAAACUCAUUGUUUGUAUGACUCGGUGUGUGUGCCUGUGAUUGUUUGACAUCUAAAAGAGAGACAGAGAGUGAUGAAAUGCCAAAUCGUGAAAAGAGUUGGCACUCGCAAAUACACAUAUACACCGGCAUACAGUAGUUUCAACCCGUUGUUAUUUAAAAGCACUAGCAACAACACAAACUGCCUCUGUUGUUGCUACUAUACACCCAUUUAAAAGAAUACAACAGCGACAACUCGAGAGCCAGCACAUUUGUGAGCAAAUCAAACAAAAUUGUUGGCCUCGUAAAAAGGGGUGUGGGUUAAAUACAAAAUCGUCAGCAAAUAACAACAACGACUGCACUUGAAUCCCAUCCAGUAUUAUUUAUUUUGCUUUAGUCAAACCAGUAUUUUUCUGGUCGAUUGGUUUGAGCGACGGUAAAUGCCAAUGUUUUGGCAAUCCUUUGCUUAGAGUUGGGAGCCUUAAGAUGGUGGAGACCUGUAGGAGAGUUUGUUGUUUCUGCUUCGUUAUUUGUUUGUCUACCUAAACACACACACAGAGACACUCACAUCUGCUGUGUUUUUCGCCUUUUUCUUCUUGGGUGUGCACGUUAAAUGUUUGAAUUGUUUGCAGUUGGUGUGAUAAUUUAUGAGCGACAAGUGUAACAUUGCUGAGUGAUAUAUUAAUUAUCACAAGGUAAACGAACGACUAACUGUGGACCGCGGACAAAAUUUAAAAUAAUUAGAGUGAAUUAAAAAAAAAAUAA